UGGAAGUGCUCCUGUACCUUCUCGCAGGCAAUUAUGCUACAUAUCGAAAUCGAAUUGUGAGCCAAAAUCUCAGCACAAGGGACAGAAAAAUAAUGCAUACUCCCACCGAGGACCAUUUUAGAUACCCAGCAGCGGACCAGACAAGCCCGUACAAAGGCAAGGCCUGCCAACUCCCCAGCUUAUGUCUAAGCAGUUUUUUGAAGGACAAAGAACUAGUCGAAGUUAUCAAACACUCAAGAGGAACUUAUGAAACCCUCACGUCAGAAGUCACCCAGAAUUUACGGGCCACGGUAGGGCAGAACUCUAUGAAGCCAGCAGCUAAGACGGAAGGGCUCACCACGUUCUCAGAGAAACCAAAGGACCAAGCUGCUGCCACCCGGCAGCAUUCAACCUUUACAGGAAGGUUUGGACAGCCGCCGAGAGGGCCAAUCUCUUUACACAUGUACAGUAGGAAGAAUGUUUUCCUGCAUCACAAUUUACACUCAGCUGAGCUGCAGACUCUGGGCCAGCAGGACGGGUAAUGAA